CCUGCAGCCGCCGCGCUCGUCGAACAGGUGCGAGGCAGGAAAGAGAGCAGGUGCGCCGAGCACUCCUCUUCGUCUGCUCGCCGUUUGCUCUUUUAUGCCCCGCCACCACCGCCGCCAUCUUCCAUCAUUUGGAGAGGCGAUUGCCCCUUUACCUGCACUCUCUGGUGUCACGGCCCGACUGAAAAAAAACUCCCCCACACACACGCCCCACUAUCCACCCGACCCGAAGGGAUUAUUUUUAUUUCCGUCGCGCAUCAACACCGAAAUCCUUCGGAUUCCUUCAGUGUGUCCCAAGCACCCACCCGGCUAAUAAGUGACACGCCGUGCAGCCCCGUGGCUCCCCCGAGGCCGACCCCCUUUGGCUGAAGCGCUCCAAAGCCUGCAGGUCUCAGAUCUCGGUGCCAGGUCUCCCCCGUUUUUCUCCCGCUGCAGCGCUUCUGAUUACCGUCUUCAUUCCUUCUGUGGUGGUACAGGCAGCCAGCAGACCAUUCUCCAUGAGGAGCAGUAGAAAAUGCCGGCUCUGCCAGCACUGCUGCUGUCAAUACACUUCCUGUUGUUCCUGCUGCUAGCCAACAUGCCGCCACGCUCGCUGUGUCAGACUCCCGUACUCUCUGCCGUCCGCAUGGCGGCCAUUUUGGAUGACCAGUCUGUGUGUGGGCGCGGCGAGCGUCUGGCGCUGUCACUGGCCAGGGAAAACAUCAACAGCCUGAUGGAGGUCCCGGCCCGAACUCGAGUGGAGGUGGACAUCUACGAGCUACAGAAAGAUUCCCAGUAUGACACCACUGACACGAUGUGUCAGAUUCUACCCAAAGGUGUUGUUUCGGUGAUAGGCCCUGCGUCCAGCCCCGCCUCUGGCUCCACUGUUAGUCACAUAUGUGGCGAGAAAGAGAUCCCACAUGUGAAGAUCGGUCCGGAGGAGACACCCCGCCUGCCGUACCUUCGCUUUGCCUCUGUCACCUUGUACCCCAGCAACGAGGACCUGAGCCUGGCAAUCGGGGCUAUCCUGCGCUCCUUCAGCUACCCCUCGGCCAGCCUUGUCUGUGCCAAAGCCGAAUGCCUGCUGAGAUUGGAGGAACUGGUGCGGCGCUUCCUCAUCUCCCGCGAGACGCUGUCAGUCAGGAUGCUGGAUGACAACCUGGACCCGACCCCGCUGCUGAAGGAGAUCCGCGACGACAAAGUCGCCACCAUCAUCAUCGACGCCAACGCCUCCCUCUCCUACCUCAUCCUCAAGAAGGCGUCAGAGCUGGGGAUGACAUCACCGUUCUACAAGUACAUCCUCACCACCAUGGACUUCCCUCUCAUGAGGCUGGACGACAUCGUGGACGAGCAGUCCAACGUGGUGGGCUUCUCCAUGUUCAACACCACCCAUCCCUUCUACCUGGAGUUCAUCCGCAGCCUCAACCUGUCGUGGAACGAGGGCUGUCACCUGUCCUACCCCGGCCCAGCGCUGUCGUCAGCGCUGAUGUUUGAUGCGGUGCACGUGGUGGUGGGGGCGGUGAGAGAACUCAACCGCAGCCAGGAAAUCGGCGUGAAGCCGCUCAGCUGUACCUCGCCUCAGAUCUGGCAACACGGGACCAGUCUUAUGAACUACCUGCGCAUGGUGGAGUACGACGGCCUGACGGGGCACGUUGAGUUCAACAGCAAAGGUCAGAGGACCAACUAUACCCUGCGGAUCCUGGAGAAACACCGAGGAGGCCACAAGGAGAUUGGCAUCUGGUACUCCAACAACACCCUGGCAAUGAACUCCACCAGCCUGGAUAUUAACGUGUCGGAGACGCUCGCCAACAAGACCCUCAUCGUCACCACCAUUCUGGAAAACCCGUAUGUGAUGCGCAAAGACAACUACCAGGAUUUCCAGGGCAACGACCAGUAUGAGGGCUUCUGCGUGGACAUGUUGAGGGAACUGGCGGACAUCCUCAAGUUCUCCUUCAAGCUCAAGCUGGUGGAUGACGGGCUGUACGGCGCCCCCGAGCCCAACGGCUCCUGGACGGGCAUGGUGGGAGAGCUUAUAAACAGGAAAGCCGACCUGGCCGUGGCGGGCUUCACCAUCACGUCAGAGCGCGAGAAGGUGAUCGACUUCUCCAAGCCCUUUAUGACCUUGGGGAUCAGCAUCCUGUACAGGGUUCAUCUGGGUCGUAAGCCAGGUUACUUCUCCUUCCUGGACCCUUUCUCGCCGGCCGUAUGGCUCUUCAUGCUGCUCGCCUAUCUGGCUGUGAGCUGCGUGCUCUUCCUGGCUGCAAGGCUGAGCCCUUACGAGUGGUACAACCCUCACCCGUGUCUGCGAGAGCGCCGGGACAUGCUGGAGAACCAGUACACGUUGGGCAACAGCUUGUGGUUCCCCGUCGGCGGCUUCAUGCAGCAGGGAUCCGAAAUCAUGCCCAGGGCCUUGUCCACCAGAUGCGUCAGUGGAGUGUGGUGGGCGUUCACCCUCAUCAUCAUCUCGUCCUACACGGCCAACCUGGCCGCUUUCCUGACCGUGCAGAGGAUGGAAGCCCCCAUCGAGUCCCCCGACGACUUGGCCGACCAGACCAACAUCGAGUACGGGACCAUCCACGGCGGGAGCACCAUGACUUUCUUCAUGAACUCUCGCUACCAGACGUACCAGCGCAUGUGGAACUACAUGAACUCCAAGCAGCCCAGCGUGUUCGUCAAGAGCACAGAGGAGGGCAUCGCCCGCGUGGUCAAUUCCAAGUACGCCUUCCUGAUGGAGAGCACAAUGAACGAGUACCACCGCGGCCUCAACUGCAACCUGACGCAGAUCGGAGGCCUGCUGGACACCAAGGGAUACGGCAUCGGCAUGCCGCUGGGUUCGCCCUUUCGAGACGAGAUCACGCUGGCCAUCCUCCAGCUGCAGGAGAACAACAGGCUGGAGAUCCUGAAGAGGAGGUGGUGGGAGGGGGGGCAGUGUCCCAAAGAGGAGGACCACCGGGCCAAAGGUCUUGGCAUGGAGAACAUCGGGGGCAUCUUUGUGGUGCUCAUCUGCGGCCUGAUCAUCGCCGUAUUUGUGGCCAUUAUGGAGUUUGUAUGGUCGACGCGCCGCUCGGCAGAGACCGAUGAGGUAUGCCCCCAUACCUGUCCUCGCCGAACCCACAGACACACCCCAGUGUCUGUCUGUCAGGAGAUGAUCACCGAGUUCCGAAACGCCGUUUCCUGUAAGAAGAGUGCCCGCCUUCGCCGCCGCCGCCCGCACAGCAGCUCGGCGGCGGCACUGCGCCACCCCAACCGCAUCGCCCUGGGGGCCCCGCGGCCCUUGCGCCUGGUCCGAGAGAUGCGCCUGAGCAACGGCAAACUCUACAGCGGAGCCGGCCCCCUCACCGGCGGGGCCGGAGGAGGCGGCGCGGGGCCGCCCGAUUUGGGCCCGGGUCCCCAGCGGCUCCUCGAAGAUCCCCUCGGAGCGAACGCCACCCCUCCUCCGCCGGCGCCCACCCCAGUGAUGCUGCCCAGCCGCAGUUGCAGCCACGUGAGGAUCUGCCAGGAGUGCCGCCGCAUCCAGAGCCUGAGAUCGGACAGCAGUUUGGGUUCGACCAUCACGAGGAUACCGCCGUCGUCGGCGCCCCUGCCGCGGCUGCCCCCGCCGCCACCGCCGUCCUCCUCCAACACGGACAGCGAGGGCGGAGGGGGUCCCAGUCCCAGGCGGCUGCACAGUCCCCCGCACCACACGGCCAGGCCCAUCCCGCUUCAACAGAACCUGAACAAAGCGGACUUACUGGGGGACCAGGCCUAAGAGUGGAGCUGAGGUACUGCUUGAUCCUGAAACGAGGAGUGUGGGGGUAGGGGGGGAUCAUAAUUUAAAAAAAAAAAAAAAGGAUGGG